CGGGGCUUUCCCGCUAUUUCCCUUUCCCAUUGGUUAUUGUUUGUAAUGAAGGGGCGUGGCCAUGCUGUUGUUACUGCUGGUAACUUGGAUUGAGCUGAAGCACAGACUCAGAUUGAGGUGGUUCUGGGUGAAGAACACUGAGGACAUAAAGUGAUUAAGAUGAUGGAGCUCAUGAUCAAAGACCUAAAUGGAAAAUCACAGAUUGUGAAUGUGUUGCCAAAUGCCACCAUCGGUGAACUCAAGCAACGCGUUGCCCCUCACUUCGAGGUGAGGGCAUCACUCCUGAAGCUUUCCGCCAGCAAUGGUCAGAUCCUGGACCAUGACGAGAAGACGGUGAGAGAUUACGGUUUGAGCUCGGGAUCCACCGUGAUGCUGCUGAUCUCCUCAACCCCGGUGCCUUUUCAGGUGUUUGUAAAGAAUGAGAAGGGACAGAUAAAAACCUACGACAUCACUGACAGUGAGACUGUUGAUCAGCUGAUGAGAAGGAUCUACGAGAAAGAAGGAACACCAUUGGACCAGCAGCGGCUGAUUUACAACGGGCAACAACUCAGUUCUGGCAGGAAGCUGCAAGAUUACAAUGUUGUUUCUGGAGCCACCAUUCAUAUGACCCUCCGUCUGCGUGGAGGCUGAUGGGACACAAACACAUGGAGAUCAUGAUCUCCAUUAUGCUGGGAGCUAAGCACAUUCUCUUCACCGCUAUUUUAACACAGGAUUAGUAUCUGGUUGCUUUACUUUCUUGACCCGCAUCUACCGAAGCUUUGGACACACACUUAGGCACCCUCCCGUAUGGGUUUGGUUGUAGGCAAAGAUAUUUAUUUAUUUAUGUCAUUUAUGAAUGAUGUUAAGAUCUUUUAUUUUUAUUUUUAUUUAUUCUGUUUUUAUAUUUCAUUAUUUUUAUUAUUAUUAUUAUUAUUAUUAUUAUUAUUAUUAUUAUUAUUUCAUGGGAAGCUUAUUAAAAGGCAGUGUGUAAUCAUUCUCUCUCUCUCAUUCUCUCUCUCAUUCUCUCUCUCUCUCUCUCUCAUUCUCUCUCUCUCUCUCUCUCUCUCUCUCUCGUCUUUACAUGUUGUAUAUUAACACAAUUUGUUCUUCACUUAUUAAAACUGAAAUAUUCCUUCCAUCCACACAAUCAAAACUGAAGUGUUAUGAAUCGAUAAAUCCGAAUCAUUACUGCUGCUGUAUAUAUCCUGAACUAUACUGCUUUAAAUAAAAUCGGUUUUGA